CUUCGGCUUCUGUGAGAAUCGGCCGUGCAGGACUUGGGUUAUGUGAAAACUGGUGUAUGAGGCUCGAAGACAAUACAUUGAAAAGCACCUCAUAGAUACAUGCUCUAAAAUACAAGAAAAUAAACUGAAGUGUAGCAAGAAGCAUCGAAGGAACCAUGGUAAAUCUGACCGUGAAGCACCUGGCUGUGGCGGCGGCUGCCUUGGCCCUGGCCCUCGCCCUGGUUGCGCCCGCGUCCGCCGAGAGGACCUCGGAGUGCGACUUCCAGCGGUCCGUCCACAACCCCGGCAUGGUCGACAUUCGCUGCAACUGCAUGCAGAAGCUAGGACAGAUGAACCUGUCGAUCGCCCAGCUGACCAUCGACCAGCGCGACUGCUCCGAGAAUGGCCUGGAGCUGGACUGGCCGGUUAUCGAGACCCGCGUGGCACCGACCAUCAUCGUCCUCGAGGGCGCGCACGUCUUCUUCGCCAGGCACAGCUCCGACCACCAGUGGAACUCCAGCAUCGUCAGUCUGGAAUUCCGCGAGUGCUCCUUCGGGACGCUUCCUUCUUACGCCUUCACCGGACUGAAGCUCCUGGAGACGAUACGCAUAUCCCAGAGCUCCAUCGAUGUCAUCGAGACUGGCACCUACAGCAACCUCAAUGAGCUGCGUUUGAUUGAGAUUGCAAACAGCUCCGUCAAGGAAAUACAGAAGAGGGCAUUCACAGAUCUGCCGGCGCUCAAGGACUUGGCUUUCGUGUAUACAACCUUUGGAGAAAUCAGCAGUGAAGCUGUAGUCCUCCCGCGCCGCUUCAGCGGAGAAGUGACUAGAUGCAACAACUUCGGCAGAUCUGUAUCACACAACGAGGACAUCCUCCAUGAAAUCAUAGGUCGCCAGCUGCCAUCCACAGGCAACCUGACCCUCCCCGAGUAUGGCACGCGGUUUUUCCUCUUCAAGAACAACAUCGAAAUAAUUCGGACGCUUGCUAUCAACACCGAGGCCCUCGGCUUCCUCAUCGUCGGGGGAAACCACUUCGACACCAUCGAGAAUAAAGCUUUCACUAUGGAGCUCUACAACGAAUGCGAGAUCAGUGCGGCCCUUUUCGUCGGCAACGUUUUCGAAAACCUGAAAACAGAGGCUUUGGUCGGGCUCCGAGGUCGCGACGGCGCCGCCUACCAGACCUUCAUUGCUCUGGCCAACAACACUUUCCAUCGCGUGGAGGAGAGAGGCUUCAUGCUCUCAAGGAACCUCGUCAUCUUCACCGUGGAAGAAAAUCGAUUUCAAUGCGCCUGCGGCGGCUUCGACUGGAUCAGCAGCGCGGAGUCCCAAUACCAGCGGGACCUGGAAAAGGAGCUGGCCCUGAAGGGAACCUGCCUGGAUGGCACAAACCUGAUUUCCUUCACGUCGCUGUGCACAGACGACGGAGGUGAAUCCACGACUGCCCAGCCCGCGAACCCUACUCUACCCCCCCAGGAUCCGUCCGGCAGCGAUGCACCUGCCUCAUCCAUGUUCGCCAUUGCCUCCAGCAUCUUGUCUAUUUCUAUCUGCAUGCUCUUUGCGUAAGCAGAUUUUUUUACGAUUCAUUCCAUUAUUACAUUUCGCUCAUCAUCUUGAAUCCAUGUACUUCAUAAUUUCAAACACAAUUUCCCUUGUAAUGCAAGAAACUGUGCCUGAAAAGCACUGCGAUAUACAUAUUUAUUACAAAUAAAUAACAAUCAUCGUA